AUGGAGCAUGGUGUUAGACUCGUAGCUGGUGAGGGGGAGGCCCUUGACUCUCCUGAGAGAUAUAGGAAGUUGGUGGAGAAAUUGAACUAUCUCACCAUUACACGUCCAGAUAUUGCUUUUCCAGUAAGUGUGGUAAGUCAGUUCAUGCAAACACCUACGCAAACUCAUUGGGAAGCAGCAGUUCGAAUUUUAAAAUAUCUCAAGAAUGCACAUGGGAAAGGUAUUCUAUAUGCUGAUCAUAGACAUAUGAGAGUUGAGGCAUUUUCUGAUGCUGAUUGGGCAGGCUCAUUGAGUGACAGGAGGUCUACAACAGGGUAUUGUGUGUUUGUAGGAGGUAAUUUGGUUUCUUGGAAAAGCAAGAAACAAACUGUUGUGGCUCGAUCAAGUGCAGAAUCUGAAUAUAGGGCAAUGGCUCAUGUGACAUGUGAGAUCACUUGGGUACACAAUAUUUUGAGAGAGGUUGGUGUGGAUGUAAUGAAGCCCAUACGUCUAUGGUGUGAUAAUUAA